UCUCAGGUUAUCAAACCUCCAACUACCCUCUCUUUCUCCAGCAAGAAUGUCCAAGUUCACCAAAUUCGCAAUCAUCGGCGCCGGCGGCGUCGGCUCUUGCAUUGCCGAUGAUCUACUCAAGGCCAAUGCCACCAUAACGAUUUUGACUCGGGACGAUGGCAAGGCCGAGCUUCAGCCGCUCAAAGAACGUGGAGCGACUCUUGCAAAGGUGAACUACGAUGACGAAACGUCGCUGCAGGGUGCUCUAGUCGGAAGCGAAGUCGUUGUGUGCUCAAUUAAUUCACAGCAUCUUGCCAGUCAAUUCGGGAUUGCUCGUGCAGCAAAAGCUGCUGGCAUCCAACUCUUUGUGCCAACCGAGUUCGGUUUCCGUGAUGAGGACGGAGCAAACGCCACAAAGCAAGAAGUCCGCCAACUCCUGAAUAAACUUGAUAUGCCCUCUACGUUGUUCCACAGUGGCUUGUGGUCCGAAUACUUGCCAUUCAUGUUGGGAUACAACAUCGACGAAGGUGCCAUCAGCGUUGCGGACGAGGGUGAUGCCAAGAUAAGUAUCGUCACACGCUCUGACUUCAGUCGCUUCGUCGCGCACGUGCUGACCACUGCGUCUAAGGAUUCGCUCGAGGGAGCUCAGUUGUCUGUUGAGGCUGGCCGAGUGUCCCCGAAGGAGAUCGCUGCCCAGCUAGAGAAGAAGUUGGGCACGACGUUCCGGAUCAAGGUGCUGGAUUACGAGGAGACGAAGAAGGGCUACGAUACUAACGUUAUGGCGUACCUUCAGACGCGCAUCGCGGACGGACGCUGCGUGCCGGGAACAGAAGAAGAGGUGAAGAGCACUAUCGCCAAGUUCUUCCCUGAGUGGGACCCGUCACCUUGGGAGGAGAUCAUCGCGUAAGACGAUGGGUGCUGGAAGGGUAGUAAAUCUAGGCGGUUUGGGGAGAUAGCUUGAGUGUUUUACCUGAACAACCCGAACAACCCUAUGAGGCUACUCCACAAUAAAGUUGUUUGCUCAGCUUUUACGGUAUCUCGGGUGAAAAGUAUACAAAGUCGAUUAGUUGAACUUGAGGACAGCGGCGUCCUAAGGAAAAAAAGGAAAUUGCGACUCAAUCUACGUUCGUAUACAUCAGAUAAGGC